GCUGAGCGGGAAAUGGGGACUUUUGUGGCAUUUCCGUUAUGGCGGAGCACACAGAGGCAGAAGGCAUCGGCCUGGCUGCAAACAGCAUGUCCCAGCAGGCCGCUCUGCGUUUCCCCCCGGCUGUCGCUCCUCCUGCUGCUCCGCCCGCCCGCCGCCAGCCUCUGCUGAGCAGCCCAGUGCCGCCCUACACCCUGAUGAGGAGUCCUCCGCCUGCUGCACGCCCGCCCUUCACACGCCUGCCCUUUGACCCCAGCGUGCCCCCGCCCAUGGGCACACCGCCGCUGCAGGUGCAUUCACAGAGACCCCCAUUCAUGCCUCCGCCCGGAGGAUCCAUGCCUCCUCCACCCGGCAUGAUCUUCCCUCCAGGAAUUCCUCCGUCAGUGGCUCCUGCUCAGACUCCUGCUCCGGCUCUGGCUCCUGCUCCCGCUCCCACUCCUUUGGUCUCCACUGAGGAGAUCUGGGUGGAGAACAAGAGUCCGGAAGGAAAGGUGUAUUAUUAUAACGCACGCACCCGAGAGUCAUCCUGGACCAAGCCUGAGGGGGUGAAGGUGAUCCAGCAGGCAGAUCUGUGUCCGCUGAUGAUGAGCCAGGCGGCUGUGGCGGCGGCGGGUGGAGGAUCCACAGCUCCGUCCGUCAGCAUCCCAGCAGCAGCAGCAGUCAGCGGCUCCACAAACACACUCGCGGCCCCCAGCGCCGGCCCCGCCGUGGUCCCCAGCAUCACUGCAGCAUCCCCUCUGCUGCCCACACCUGCCACAGUUCCAGAUGUGGUGGAGAUGCCGUCAGUCGUGACCUCCGCCCCCAGUUCCAUGCCAACCCCAAUGCCAGCUGUCAAUCAACCAACGGUCUCGGUCGCCAUGACAACAGGACCACCCACUCUGCCUGUGGCGCUGUCCCACACCGUCCCGCAGCCGGCCACUACAAUCCCAGGAUUCCCUCCGGUGAUGGUGCCGCCGUUCCGGGUGCCGCUGCCUGCCAUGCCCAUCCCACUGCCUGGUGCGUCUGACCUCCGACCGCUGCUGCUCUCUCUCUCUCCUGUCUGUCUCUUUGUCUUCUCUCAGCAUCUAAACUCAUCUGUACAUUAACAUGAGAGAGAAGCA